GUGCGUGCGUGCGCGCUCUCCGUAGCCUCUGAGUGUCUGUAACUUAAUUCUUCCACUUGAGACGUUCUCUCUUGCCCGCCAUCCACCCUAACCCGGCGGAUCUCCGAUCCUAGACAAUGUCUAACCCGCUUUGACUGGCCCUGUUCCCUGGUUAUGGCAAGCUUUUCCACCUGCCGCACCCACUCCCAAAUCUACUGACUGAUGAUCCUAUCCCCCAAGAACGGUAACACAGGAGCUGUCCUCUGAGACUCUGGAUGACUUUAUUCUUCAAAUGGCUUUACACUUCCAAUAGUUCCAGGGACCCUCCAUUCCCCAUAUCCAGGAAAAUGUGAUGAGCUACAGGUAUCAGCUUCUAGAUCACCACUUUAACGUUCUAGCUACAAGUGACUCGAGUGGAAGAUCCAGGGGCGGCGAGGUCCAUCAGGAAGAUGUCUAAAGAAAUGGCAGACCGAAGAGAAGAAGGAGCAGCUGGGGGAAAAGAGGCAUGCAGAGAUCAGAUCAAAGAAUCGGACAAAGACGAGGAACCACCAGCUGCUUCAUCCCAUGGCCAGGGGUGGCGUCCAGGUGGCAGAGCACCUAGGAACUCAAGGCCUGAACCCGGGGCCAGACCCCCUGCACUCCCCAUCAUGGUCAAUGACCCACCAGUACCUGCCUUACUGUGGGCCCAGGAGAUGGGCCACGUCCUGGCAGGCCGCGCCCGCAAGCUGCUACUGCAGUUUGGGGUGCUCUUCUGUACCAUCCUCCUCCUGCUCUGGGUGUCUGUCUUCCUCUAUGGCUCCUUCUACUAUUCCUACAUGCCGACGGUCAGCCACCUCAGCCCCGUGCAUUUCUACUACAGGACCGACUGCGAUUCCUCCGCCUCCUUACUCUGCUCCUUCCCUGUUGCCAAUGUCUCACUGGCUAAGGGUGGACGUGAUCGGGUGCUGAUGUAUGGACAGCCGUACCGCGUUACCUUAGAGCUUGAGCUGCCAGAGUCUCCUGUGAAUCAAGAUUUGGGCAUGUUCUUGGUCACCAUUUCAUGCUACACCAGAGGCGGCCGAAUCAUCUCCACCUCUUCACGCUCCGUGAUGCUGCAUUACCGCUCAAACCUGCUCCAGAUGCUUGACACCCUGGUCUUCUCUAGCCUCCUGCUGUUUGGCUUUGCAGAGCAGAAGCAGGUCCUGGAGGUGGAGCUGUACCCAGAAUACAGGGAGAACUCGUAUGUGCCGACCACCGGAGCCAUUAUCGAGAUCCACAGCAAGCGCAUCCAGCUGUACGGAGCCUACCUCCGCAUCCACGCCCACUUCACUGGGCUCAGGUACCUGCUGUACAACUUCCCGAUGACCUGCGCCUUCGUUGGUGUCGCCAGCAACUUCACCUUCCUCAGCGUCAUCGUGCUCUUCAGCUACAUGCAGUGGGUGUGGCGGGGCAUCUGGCCCCGACACCGCCUCUCUCUGCAGGUAAACAUCCGAAACAGAGACAGUUCCCGCAAGGAAGUCCAGCGGAGGAUCUCUGCCCAUCAGCCAGGAGGCACAGGGCCCCAAGGCCAGGAGGAGUCCACUCAGCUGUCACCCAUUACAGAGGACAGUGAGAGCCGUGCAGAUCCCUCGGAGCCAGGAGGCCAGCUGUCUGAGGAGGAGAAACCAGAUCCACAGCCCCUGAGUGGCGAGGAGGAGCUAGAGCCCGAGGCCAGUGACGGUUCAGGCUCCUGGGAAGAUGCAGCUCUGCUAACGGAGGCCAACCUGCCUGUUUCUGCCCCUGCCCUUGCCCCGGAGACCGUGGGCAGCUCCGAACCCUCGGCAGGCACUGUCCGCCAGCGCCCCAUUUGCUCUAGUUCCUGAAGAGAAUAGGGCAGAGUCCCCACACUCCAGCCCUCUCCCCCCUGAUCCCUUUCCCUUUCCGGGGCUCCCCCAAUAAACUAUUUUCGUGCCA